CGAAUCUGACACCUAUUCAUUCAGUUUUUGUCAUUUCGGGAUUAAACAAUUUCGAAUUGAACUUGGAUGAAUCAUUCGAAAACUUUGACACUAGAACGAUUAGGAAUACCUAGCAUAAACUUUUCUUUAAUGUCGCAUCUUAGUAGAAGGGAAACUUGGGAACUUGUGUCAAUACCAUUUAGGAGAGUCAUCCCAUUUGAAGGUAACUUGCCGUUUUAAAAUCCCUGCACCAUGAAAUCCCGGGUUGCCCUAUUUUCACAGAUGAAGGCAAUUAAUAAAUGCGGUCAUCGCUUUUAACCACCAUUUUGGUUCAAAUGAUAAACCUUAGUUAAACCUUAAUAAACGUUAAUAAAUAUUUUUCGCAAGGCAACCCCGAGCCAAAAUUUGAAAAAUCAAACAAUCUCGUACAACCUCAGGUUAAAAUAUCAGACUCUACAAAGAAUAAGGAAAAACCUCUGUAAUCAAAACAAUUCGUUAUUCUUUUGUAAUUACUCUUUAAAAUCGGUUUAAAAAGAUGUUGAACCGUUAGGGAAGGAACCGUUAUUCAAUGGCUAGACUUAAGUGGACAGAGAAUCGUGAUGUCAGUACUCUGCCGGCGUCGAGAGAGCCAACAAAAUCAAAAGCCCGGCAUCAGUCACCCUCGAGCUAUUCAGAUGCUGUGAACAUUACGUUCCGAAUUUAUUGGAUAUAUCAGCGAUAAUUUCAGCAGGAAAGAAUGAGAGGAUGAUCAGAUAUAUAACUAGGUUUUCAAUAAUUGCCUUACACCUAUUGCUGGUGGAGGUCCAAUGCGAACAUGCCGAAACGGACGAAUCGUUCACUUUCGAAGAGUUCAAGAGACAUCCCAGAGAGACGAAUGUCGUCAAUUUCGUCCGUCUCCUCGUCAUGAGGCUUAUCUACGGCUUUGCGCAGAUGCUGGGCUUCGGAGAGAGCAUAUCGGAAGUCGGCGACGGGAUUUUCGUCCCCCCGGGAGCUGACGACUAUUACUUCGACGGGGACGACGAUUUUAAAGACGAUGGCGAUUAUUACUAGCCAAAUCCAAAGUACGUAUAGACUGGCAAAUCCAUAAAAAGAACAGUAUUGAUAUAUAGUAUUAUUAGUGAGAAUAAUAUUAAAGAUUAUAUUAGUGAAUAGAAAUAUUCUUUCUAAUAAGUAAAUUACCAUUUUCAUUUUAAGUAUUUGUAUUAAAGGAUCCUCUUGUAUUAUAUGUACAAAAUUUUCAAAGAGAAGUUAACCAAAUUGAAUAUUACCCUACAAUAUAAAAUAAUCACUCAUGUAAU